GACCAAUGGAAAAUGAUUAUCGUGACCGAUGAUGUAAAGGACGAGAACGACUCGUCGAAUUCUCAGUAUCGAAAAUGGCGGCGAAGAGUGGUGGUCAAGACGAGUGGCCUGCGUUAUUUAAGCCGAUAAUAGGAACUUCACGCUCACUUAAUAAAAAUGACGUUCUCGGGCUUGCAAAGAAUAUUCUCAAGAGCGAGAAUAAGUUUGUUUCUCACGAGGAACAAUACGAUACUUUCUUCACGGUUGCUGCUGCGUUAUCCGCGGAUUACAUUAGCGCUUGCGCAAGUUCAUUUGCCAAGUGUCAAAUACCUAUUGCUUAUCAAGCAUGCAAAGUCCUGCUCAAUCUCUUUGUGGAGAAACUGCAACAACAACAAGCUCAAUCAGAUACCACGCAAACUGUUUUAACCACAAAGCAGUUAUUGCUUCCGAUACGUGCGUUAUGUACAGGACAGUCUUUACUUUCAUCUGCAGAAGAAGUAGCUCUCACUUCUGCAAUAAAGAAUGCUAAGGUACCACCUUCCUCAAAACCAGUACCCAUAGGAAAAGAAAAAGAAUCUUCUCAACAAUCUGUAAAAGAAUCUAUGCGGUCCCGCUGUGAUUUAUCUACCAGUAUUCUUGAGCAGUUGACAAUGCCACUGCAAGAUUUUUCAUCAUCCUUAAUUCUUGCUAAUGAAAGUUCUACAGAUGGUACAAAUAAAAAUACUAAUAGUAUUACAAGUGAAACCAAUUCUGACACUAAGAUGAUGUUUAUUGCCAACAAUAUAAGUACAUUGCAGAAUAUGGGAGCGGGUGAUAUUCUAUUGGAUAUGUGUUUAAAUCUUCCACAUUUGUCGCGCUAUACACGAAAGUAUCAAGCAUAUUUAUCUAAAAAAGGAUUUAGUCUGCCUGCCAAUGCAUCAGAGGCACAUACUAUAAGGCACAAUCUACACUCGGUUGUUAGCGACAUUAAUAUUGUACAUAAUGUGAUGUCACUUCCAAUACUCGAACCUUUAACAUCACAGAAAUUGGAAAAAUUAUCAUUGUUGACAAUGUCUUGUCUGUAUUGUUCAAUUGCGAAUGCAACAGCAUCAAGUAUAGUUGGCAUAACUAAUGCAGUGUCACCCAAAUGUAGUACAAAUACCACUGGAAGUAAUCAAGCUAAUCAGAGUACGAAAACUAGUGACGAAGAGUAUGACACUUUAGCGAUUACAGUCGUUGAGAAGAGUCUAGAAAUAUUUGGACAAGUAUCAAAUGUUAUUAAAAAUAGUACACGCGCCGGUGGACAUAUUCUGCAAAACCAUUUACUUAUUGGUGUGUGGCUUCUAGUCGCUGGGUUACAAGCACAAUUAACUGUGAGCAGUUUUAGUGCUGCUGAUAAAGGGAAAGAUGAAAAGGGAAAGUCGCCCAGUAAAGCUCGUGACGCGAGUGGACGUGUAAAUCUUAUGAAAGUACAACAAGGAUUUGGAGUAUUGUCAGUGGCAUUAGCGUCACAUGCACUGAACUUAAUGAGUGCGCUUCUCGAGGAUGUAUCUAUUGAGGCUAAUUCCGACUUGGUUGUGGCAGUUCCUGAACCAGCUCCAUUGGAUAUCUUGUCGACUGCCACUGCGUUGCAAAGAGCAGUAACUUUUCUACAAGCAGUACCGUUGAAUCACUUGCUAUUUUACCUGGCUACUAUUAGCUACAGGAAGGCUUGUACAUUGAAGAGAGUACAAAAGCAUCCUCUGGAAGGAGAUGCAUUGAGUCAGUCGGAUUCUACUACAUACUAUGAAGAUCUUUUAAGUUGUUCAGAGAAUUCCACUGAUGAAGAGGAGGACAGCGAACCUAUUUUGGGAUUAUGGUUUGAAGAAACCAUUGCUCCAUCGGAUGAAACUUCUACAAAUACCAACAAGGAAACGAACAAUGAAGCAAGCGCGGAACGUACUACUACUACUACCAUCGUUCCUGACAAUCGCGAACCACAUGGUUAUAUUUCACUAGCGACAAAGAUAUUUCAAUUUAUGAAUAAGUAUUUAAUUGGAAGCAGAAGUACGUACGUUCGAGAAUACGUGGUUAACGGCUUAGUUGAACAACAAAUGGUUAUAUUGGCAGCAAUUAUAAGAGACUUGGAUCAUGAAACAGCUAGAACAGAAACAGGCACAAUUUCUGCAUUUUAUGGCGCUACAUUGGGCGCCAUGUACUCGGAAUUUUCUCAAGCUUUAAGUCGUUAUACGCACAAUCUGCUUGCAUGGAAUACCCUGAGCGAAGCUCUUCAAAAUACUUUGUUACAGCACUUGGGCGUGAGUCCUUGGUCUACAGAAAAUAAUAGUUCAACCACUUGGCCUCUUCAGGUAUAUCCACGAACUCUCAGCGUACUGGCACAGGUACUGUUGCUAAAACCUCAAUUAGAAAGAGAAGCUGCAUGUAUAAGCAUAUGGCAUCGGUUGGUAACAACUAUGGUUGAAAAUGUGUGUAAUCCUCAAGCUACAUACGAGGCUGAGAAUGAAGAUUUAAACGUAGAACACGCCCAGCUAGUUCUCUUCUUGUUUCAUUCUCUGAAUUUGAUGCAAAAGAAGUCUGUAUUACUUGUAACUGGAAGUGGUGCAGUGCGUUGUAGCGAAGCAGUUAAAACGCCGAUGAAAGAUUCGCAAUUGUUACACCUAUCUCGAUUAUUAUUAUUACUUGAAUAUAUGAUGAAGCAUUUAUAUGAUGCGCAUCCGGUAUUACUCGAACAAGUACAGUGGAAUCUAUUCUCUGCUACUAGUUUAGUAUAUGACACAAAAGAUGGAAAUAAACAGACUAGCAGAGCUUUUACUCCUUGGGUAGAAAUAGAGGAUAAUUAUCGUAAAUAUGGUUCCCAGGAUGAAUUUUCAAUGAAACCACGAUUUUACAAUUUAUCAAGAACAGAUUUUAAUAAUCAGGAUGCACCAAAAUUAGAUGGAUUAGCUUGUAACUUUAUUUUGGGCACACCGGAUAAAAUGAAAUAUCCUCUCUUAGUCGACGCAUUAAUCGAUAUCUUAAAUGUGCUUAAUCAAACUGAUAUGCAUAAAAAAGGUAGUGCUGAUAAUAAGGAGAAAAUUACAUUUACGGGACUAUGUGCAAUUCACUAUUGCUUUUCUAUAUGCUGGGAAUUACUACUGAUGUUACCCCCGUCAACUCCUUACAUGAAUAAACUCGCUCUUGGCGAGGAAAUACCAGCUGGACCAAUGUUACUUCAUUCGUUAAUAUGGGGACCGAGAGCUGCAUAUAAGACUUUCACAGGUUGGAUGAAGGACUGUUUGGUAAAACAAGGAAUGUACACACAAUAUGCUGAGAAUUUAUUGAAAACAGUGUCAUCCACUGUAAAUUCUCUUAAAUAUGAUGUUACCCUGGCAAAAAAUUGUAUUGUUUCGCUUAAACCUGAGUAUAGCUCUACUGAUAAAAUAAUGCCAAAAGCCUCUUUGCCAAAACUUGGUUCGUUAUACAUACUGGCUGCGGUCGUAGGAAAGCUACAAGUUCUCAUGGAUGAGAACAUAUCUAAAAACUCUUCUGAGAAUAUCGAGACCAACAAGAGUCCACAGAAUACGGAUUCUACACCAUCAAACAGAAGUAAAAUGAUAAUAGAGAUUUUACCGCAUAUUUUAUCAUUGACAGAAGCAAUUCUAUUGUCAUGCCGGUCUAACAUAUUGUACCAUACAUUCGAGUCUACCGAGGAGGAUGCGAAGUAUGGUACACGAGACUACUUGAUUUUGGAUAAUAUUCUGUCAAUGGCAGGUGCAAAUUGGGGAACAGAUUCAUCGUUAGUGUCAUUUUUGCCGGGUAGCAUUAAAUCCGCGCUAGAUAAGUGGAAGAGCAUAGCAUUUCCUCUUGUAACUUGGCAUACAUAUGCAAACGAUAUAAUACCAGCAGAAAGUUACAUCCUCACUACAGUCAGCUAUCAUGUCAGCUCCCUGUCUGAGCACCCAACGUUUUCUAUUAAUCCAUCUCUGAAAAACUUGCUACAUUGCCUGGUUUCGUUUAUAAUGGAAUAUAUAACUGCUGCAACAGUCCCGGAACAACAGUCAGAUAUACAUUCACAAGCAGUGAAUAUCCUUGUUUCAUUAUCAAUGGACGCCCGCACCGAUUAUCUUCGAGAUAUGGCUACAAAUACGCUAACCAAAUUAUUAGGACAGGACAAUGAUAAUGAAGCACGACAUUUGCGAGAACACUUGUUCGUGCUAAAUCAUACUUAUAAUCUGAUAAUCGAGUAUACUGACACUACAAAUGGAUCUAUUAGCGUUAUUAUCGACGAGGAAAUAUUGAAGCAAUGCAUCAAAUAUUGGGAGCGACUUUUGGAAAAACCUCUUGGAUGUAAAGCUUUAGACAUGUUCUUCGCUAGCGAUUCAAAUCACAGUCUUGUGUCUGUCUUGUUGUCCAUAACGUCAUCUCAAGCCUCGCUGCAAUUUAGCACGCACAUUUUACACUUUUUCAAUGUAUUAUUCAGAACAGCCGAGAAAACGACUGAUGGAUCGCUAGAUCGUCUUUGCAAUUCCGUGGCCAAUUUCGCCAAUGUCGAAAGUGAGAAACUACAAACUUGGUUCAGACAUGUCAUAUUGGGGGCAACCAGCAAAGUACCGACGAGUACUUCUACAACGAAUAUUUCAACACCUACAACCGCUGCUACGAGCACGAUGGUGGCUGUUUCUACUACGUCAGAAGAUAAUCAGAAACCAGAUGAAAAGAAUAACGCACCUAAUAAUGAACAGGUUCAAUGGGCGAUUUCGGUGUCUGACAACACCAACAAUAUGCCUGUGGCCAAUAACGACGAGCAACACUCAAUUCACGAGAACAGUCGCUUCUUGCGGGCGCUUACGAAUUAUAUAGUGAAGGAUAAGAGCAAUACCAGUGUGGAUGUCUCAAUAACCAUUCUCCAAGCUCUUAUACCAUUAGCGUAUCAUAUCCUUUCUCCUACAAUCGAAGGAAACAGAUUCUCAGAAUUGAUGCAUAUUAUGUCUACCCUGGCCGAUGCUGGAUCAGAAAAAGGGCAUCGAUUACUAUUCAAAGCUGCGACUGAAUGGGUCGAACUUUGCAAGGAACAAAUCAUGAAUAAGGAUCCCCAGACUUUCGACAAGCCAUCACCGUACAUCGAAGCCGGUUGCUGUAUGUUGAAUUACAUAGCCGAUAUAGUGGGCGCGAUUUGCCCGCAGCAGGUGCAGUCGCAAGAUCGAGCGACCAGUCCACCGUGGGAAGGUGCCAUACCUAAUAACGACGUGAACGACAGCGAUUGGGUGGAUGAGAUUCCGCACGAGGACGACGAUAGCGCGGCUGAGGAUUCGGAUGAGGACAGUCUGUGCAACAAAUUGUGCACUUUCACGAUUACGCAAAAGGAAUUUAUGAAUCAGCACUGGUAUCAUUGUCAUACGUGUAACAUGGUCGAUGGAGUCGGCGUUUGCACCGUGUGCGCGCGAGUGUGUCAUCGCGGACACGACGUGACGUAUGCCAAGUAUGGGAACUUCUUCUGCGACUGUGGCGCUAAGGAUGACGGAUCGUGCCAAGCGUUGACUAAACGCAGCCCGCAAAGUUCGGAGCACCAAGUGGGCAGUAACAUACCAUACAACAAUGUCGGAGCUCCUGUGGAAAACAAUCUGCUUCUCACGAGCAGCCUACGCCGAAGAGCGUCUAGCCCUAUACAUUUGUAUGACAAGCACGAAAGAAGUGGACGUGACACUCAGAAACAAGCAUGUCUAGCCAAGCAAUUGGAAUCUUCUAAGGAUUGGAUAUAUUCUCAACUAUGGAAAAGUGGAUUAGUGUCUUCGUUAGUGGACCUAACACGUGUAUUGGUACCCGCAGUGGACGCAUCCUGCCAACGUUAUUCACCAGUCGGCUGUCAUGCACGUGCUCAAUUGGCGCUUAAACAUUUGCACACACUUGACAAGAAGUUUGAACAUACAGAUCAACUCAUGUUACCAACCUUGGGAUCUCAGGAAGGUGCGUUUGAAAAUGUAAGGAUGAAUUACUCAGGAGAUCAGGGUCAGACGAUUAGACAAUUGUUGUCUGCUCAUAUGAUACGUCGCGUUGCCAUGUGCUGUCUGUCAUCUCCGCAUGGUAAACGACAGCACUUGGCUGUUUCGCACGAGAAGGGAAAGAUAACAGUGUUGCAACUUAGCGCGUUGCUGAAGCAAGCUGACUCUUCCAAAAGAAAGUUAACUUUGACAAGACUCGCGUCAGCUCCGGUACCUUUCACUGUUCUUUCGGUCACUGGAAACCAGUGGAACGAGGAUUUCUUGGCCGUUUGUGGAUUUAAGGAUUGCCACGUGCUUACGUUUAACAGUUCAGGAACGGUGUCCGAUCAUUUGGUUUUACAUCCUCAACUCGAAAGCGGGAACUUCAUCAUCAAAGCAUUGUGGCUCCCCGGCGCACAGACGCAAUUGGCAUUAGUCACCGCCGACUUCGUCAAGAUUUACGACUUGGGGAAGGACGCGCUGAGUCCUCAGUACUACUUCCUCGUGCCGACGGGAAAGAUAAGGGAUUGCACCUUCAUGCAUGCGGAGGAUGGUACAUUCCACAUGCUAUUGAUGUCCUCCGCCGGAUACAUUUAUAGCCAAGUGAUGGAUGAGGAGAGUUUAGCCAAGCACGGUGCUUUCUAUGUGACAAACACGUUAGACGUCUAUCACCCGGAGCUCAAGGACAAUGGUCAAGUGGGCAGUGGUGGAGUUUCCAUUUAUUACUCCCACGCCCUGCAAUUGCUGUUCUUCAGUUACGCUUGCGGCAAGAGUUUCAUAGCCCCACUGAAGCAUAUGGACUCCGACAUUACCGUAGUGUUCCAAAUUAAUCUGGCCAACAAGACUAACGGGAACAAAUCCAACAAUAACCAACCACAACCCUUAUGCCAAUGGAGCGAGGUAGCGAAUCAUCCCGGAUUGGUUUGCUCGAUCAUGCAGACUAGCAAUAAUCCAGUGAUACUGAUGAUCAAGCCCGACACGAUCAUGAUACAAGAGAUCAAAGUAGUGCCUGCGAAAGCGAAGAUCAUGGAUAUGGUUGCGAUUCGGCAUCCCAGCUCGAAUGCUGAACACCGCACGACUCUGAUAUUGUUAUGCGAAGACGGAAGUCUGAGGAUUUAUAUGGCCGGCAUGGAGCAAACCGGUUUUUGGAUGUCUUCCACUGUGCAACCGAUCAGCACUACCUCCGGCAUCAAACCGGCGCGGAAGAAGAAGACUAAUAAAAUGGGAAAGCCGUCGGGAUCGCAUGUCACAUUUCCCAUUGAUUUCUUCGAGCAUUGUCAAAUGAUGAACGACGUCGAAUUUGGUGGCAAUGAUCUACUGCAGAUCUAUAAUGUUGCGCAGAUCAAGCAUCGUUUGAACACCACCGGGAUGUACGUGGUCUCCACAAAAGCUAUGGGCUUUAACGUGGAGGUUACAAAUAACGAUGCGAUUUUAGUAAUGACGGGAGUAAGAGUACUUUUCGGCAAUCAGGACAUUCAACGGGCACCUCUAUAUGUCGAAGUAUUUGGCAGAAGUAUUCGGACUACGUUAACCAGAAGUCGUUGGUUUGACAUCCCUUUGACGAGAGAGGAAAGUCUUCAAGCUGAUAAAAAAUUAACAAUCACUUUUGGGCCGUCUCAAGAUCCAGAGGGUGUCAUUAUGGUUGAUUCUAUAAAAAUAUAUGGUAAGACCAAGGAUGCAUUCGGCUGGCCUGAAGAGAUAGAGGAACCACAACCGACGUCCGCGCCAGUGACAACGAUCAACAAUGAAGCUGACAACACUAUCGUUUCUCCUGCGCCAUUGUCCUCAACCGACAAAACGACAAAGGAUAGUUCGGUUAACAUAGAAAGGAUGAUAUCCAGCAUCCUGGAAGUCCUGGAAUCCUCGUUUAUCUUAUCCUCGCACGACGACAAUAAACCGUCGCUGAAAUCCACGGCUAUCGAUGUUGCAUCGCGACUACUAAUAUUACCUACACCACCGUCGGUGCAAAUGCAUACAACAGCCUUGCUAGCGGCUCUUCACAACACUAAGCAGGCUUAUCAUUUCCAUAAGGAUCACGUGUUGUUGUCGCACGUGCUUGAGUCCUUGAAGUCAAUGAGGGAGGCUAACGACUCAUGCGACAUCGAUGCGGAGAACUUUUACCGACUUGUGCUUAUCGUUCGUGCUAUCGCCGUCUCUCGUCCGCAUAAUCUCGCGAAAUUCGCCGAGCAAUAUGCGAAUAAGUCGAUCGACGAGAGUAACGUGCCUGUCUUCGAGAAAGAUCGUCUAGAAAGUCGUUCGCGCACGAAGGCAGACGGAAAUCAACAUCUGGUUAUACAACUGAUGGAGAUAUUGUGGUCCUUGCAUGUAUCGUAUCCGAAGAAUAUGGCACUUGCGCCGGUGGUCGUGCCAGGACUCACGCACGCUGAGGGAACGGUCCACGCCAUCGUGGAGAUUAUUCACGCCUUUACGAUAUGCGAUGUUGAGAACAACACUCCGAUUGCCGCGAAAUUAUAUCUGCAGUUACUGUUGUCCUCCGAUACGACAGUCAGUUUUAGCGCUAAGCACGCGAUCAUCAGAGUACUCAGGCCCAGGUACAGACGCAGGAGAGUGUACAUACCAAGCCCGCCGAAUUGCAGCACUCCAGGCGUAGUUGCUGAAGCUGAAGCUGAAGAGAAGUCGGUUCCAUCGCAGGCUUCUCAAGAUACGGUGGAGCGCGAUGUGGAACAGCAGUUUGACAUCGAGGCCGUCGAAGCUGUGGAUAGAGCUGUGGAUAGAGUGGCGGCUAUGCUCGGUGCCGAGGGCAAUCAGAACUCGGCAGCCGCAAGAGUGGUGAAUCAUCCGCUGGAAGCGUUGCUCGGCGCGGGUAAUUUCCCGCAACUGCUCGACGUGCCGCCGGAUGCUGACGACGAGGCGAUGGUGGAGCUCGCGAUAGCUCUCAGUUUGCAAGAUCACGAGGGCAGCGCCGACCUGCAAGCUCUGCGUCAAGGAUUCCAGCAAGGCUUCCCCAAUCUGCAGGGGAUACAGAGCCUUCAGAAUCUGAGCGGUUCUGCGUUGCAGAGCUUGCAGAACUUGGCGACGCAAGGAUUGGUGCAAGUUCCGAGCGCUACUCAGGGACAGGAAGCUGGUCAUUAUUCCGACACGACUGCGUCCGCGGGAGGCUCCGACGACGAGGGGUCAACCGCCGCGACCGAUGGCAGUACUCUACGAACAUCUCCUGCCGAGCAAGGUGGUAGUGGUGGUAGCAAGGGUAGCGAGAGCGGUGGAAGCGAUAGCGGAGGCAGCGCCGUUGACAGCAUGACAGGGGAGCAUAAUGUUUCUGGCAGGAGCUCCGCGUACGGAGACAAUGCUCCCGACGCUAUGCCUCCGAUUGGAAUUGGAGUCAAUCAAGCGCCACGUUCUGAAACUAAUACUCUAGAUGUUCCCACAACUUUCACUACCACUGAGCAAGAAGAAGGUGCCGAGCAAGAGCAGGGUGUCGAGCAGGAAAAUGACACAACCGGCGAGAUCACCGUGAAGCUGCAUGCUAUACGGCUCUUACUGUUGGACAGACUCACGCAAUUCGUGCCGAAUCUGAUAAACGUUCGGGGAGUGCUCGCUAUUCCCUUCAUGCAGGUUGUGCUGAUGUUAACUUCCGACCUCGACGGCCAAGAUGAAAGAGACAAAGCAUGCGUGGAGCGUCUGUUGCAGAUGCUCGUGAAAGAACUCGAGAUGGAUAAGCCUGAUACGAAUAACAUAUGCGAACGUAGCAACAAGAGGGAAGUUCAUCUAGUUAUCAUGCGUGUAUUGAGCGUCCUUAUGUCUCGUUCAAAGUACACCACGAAGACUCCCUCGGACAACCCGAACUUUGUGUCACAAACCACCGCUGCAAUACUGAGCAAAGCUGGCAUCAUCGACUAUUGCUUGACAUUGUUGCAGGCCUUGCUUGAUUACUGGAAAACAACCACUACGGAGGAACCUGGCACUAUGAUAGGUGGCCAGUUGCUCAAGGAACAUCUUACCACGUCGCCUCCGGACAUGUCGCCAUUCUUUUUACGUCAGUACGUUAAGGGUCACGCUGGCGAUGUAUUCGAGCCAUACCCUCAACUACUCACGGAGAUGGUGUUGAGAUUACCAUAUCAGGUGCACAAGUACGCCGAGAGCACGGUGGUGCAGCCUGUAUUUGAACAGCCGUGGUAUUUCUACCUCUGCGAGUACAUGAUGUCAUACCAAACGCCGUUUGUCAGGCGGCAAGUACGCAAAUUGCUGCUCUUCAUUUGCGGCAACAAGGAGAAGUAUAGGCAACUGCGAGAUCUUCACGCUCUCAUAUCUCAUGUGCAGUCCGUGCAACAAUGCUGCAGCACCGGCGGAUACGAUCCGUUACAUGCACGUCCGCAUUCCAUCAAUCUGCCUUACGACUCGUUGGUGGAACUGAUCGAACAUCUCAAAUGCUGCGUGGAGAUCGCCACCAGCCGUACAGGGAAUUGGCAGCGAUUUUGCCUGAAGCAGAACACCGUCCUGUCGUAUCUCUUCUCCAUAUCGACGCUCUUGGACGAAGGUGUAAGCCCCACGGUGCUGCAAUUGCUGCAAUGCGCUAUUUGCUCAAACAACAAGUCUAAAGAAACCAAGGAUACGAGAUCAAAAGAAUCCAAGUCGGCGACUGGCACGAAAGAGAGGCGGGAACGCGAGAAAUCGGAGGAUUCCGACACGGAAGCUAAAUUUGAAGAGGCACAGUGCUUAACUCUGGUCGAACAGAUCCAAAAGCAAGUGCACCCGGCAUUGCUGAUAAAGUUUAUACAGACCUUCCUGUUGGAAACGAACAACACCAACGUGCGUUGGCAAGCGCAUUCUCUUAUACUGGCAAUUUAUAAAAAUUGUGGACCGUCCGAUCAGGAGGUUCUGCUGGAUCUCCUGUGGCGCCUGUGGCCUCUGCUUCCAGCCUACGGCAGGAAAGCGGCGCAGUUUGUCGAUUUGCUCGGUUACUUCUGUUUGAAAACGCCGCACGCUGGCAAGAAGAUGCACACAUACAUGGAGCAAGCGGUUGCCGUGUUGCACGCGCAGAAUCAGCUGCUCGCGCGGCACCCCAACGCGAACCUUUACGUAAACCUGGCGCAAUUCGUCGAAUUGGACGGCUACUACUUGGAGAGCGAGCCUUGCCUCGUGUGUAAUAAUCCGGAGGUGUCGAUGGCGACGAUCAAGCUGUCCUCCAUCAAAGUGGACUCCAAAUUCACAACGACGACACAGAUAGUGAAGCUGGUCGGCAGUCACACCAUCAGCCGUAUCACCCUGCGCAUCGGCGAUCUAAAGAGGACGAAGAUGGUCCGUACCAUCAACGUUUACUAUAACAAUCGCUCGGUACAGGCUGUCGUGGAACUGAAGAAUAAACCGGCGAUGUGGCACAAAGCGAAGAAGAUCACACUCGCUCAGGGGCAAACAGAGGUCAAGAUGGAGUUUCCUCUGCCGAUAGUGGCCUGUAAUCUCAUGAUCGAGUACGCUGACUUCUACGAGAACAUCCAAGCUUCUUCCGAGACGCUGCAGUGUCCACGAUGUUCCGCCAGUGUGCCAGCAAACCCCGGUAUUUGCGCGAACUGCGGCGAGAACGUGUUUCAGUGUCACAAGUGUCGAGCGAUCAACUACGACGAGAAGGAUCCGUUCUUGUGUCACGCUUGCGGAUUCUGCAAGUACGCCAAGUUCGACUAUACUCUGACCGGCAGGCCGUGCUGCGCUGUUGACCCGAUUGAGAGCGACGACGACCGAAAGAAAACAGUGGCGACCAUUAAUACUCUGCUGGAGAAGGCGGACAGAGUGUACAAGACCCUGAUAUCCAACAAACCGACACUGGAGAUGCUGCUCAUUAAGAUAUCCGAGCAUCGUCUGGACCGCGGGCUGGAAGACGGCAUACAGCUAUCUGGCAGCACCCAAGUGAACAGAGCGAUCCAGUUGCUGGCGCAGAGAUAUUGCGGUGAAUGCAAGACCUCCUUCGAAGAGCUCAGCAAGAUCAUCCAACGCGUUCUCGCCUGCCGCAGAGAGCUCGUCGCCUACGACAGGAACCAACGGGGCCAGAGCAGCUCGCAGUCGUCAUACAGCAUGUCCGUGAGCGACGUCACCAAGGACGAGACGAUAGUUUCGCCAGUGGGACGCUGUUACGGUUGCGCGUCUGCCGCUACAGAACACUGUCUCACUCUGUUGCGCGCUCUGGCCACUAAUAGCGUCGCCAGAGACGUCCUGUGUAAACAGGGACUGAUACAAGAGCUCGUGGAACACAAUUUGCGGAAGGGCACGGUGCAAAUGCAGGAGGAAGUGCGACAGUUGCUGUGUCUCGUCACGAGGGACAACGCGCAGUCAACCAAGGAGAUCUGUUCUCUCCUGACUAGUCGUAUCACGCUGACUCUUCGCGGACGAGUCGCCACUCCUGAUCUCUCGGUUGCCGUACGCCACGAAAUGGCUCUCCUCGCAGCGCUCGUACAGAAAGAGGACUCAUGCUGGGAGCAGAAACUGCGAUGUGUCAUGCAGCUGUUCCUGACCGCUUGCAAAGAGUCCAAGAGUCCCGUCGUCAUGGAAAGUAUCAUACUGCCGUGUUUAAAAAUCUUGCAAGGCCUUAUUAAACCCGACCAGCCGGUCUCCAAGAAAAAUAAAGAUAAAACCACGGAGUCUCUGGCGACAGUACAGCCACCAGAAGGCAUCAGUAUUGACGUGGGUAAGUGGAUCAGCGGUGAUCCCAAGCACUCGUACUCCGAGUGGCUUCACCGCAUGCCGGCUAAAAAGACGGAACCAUCUACGGCGAAACCUCUUAAGAAGGAUGAGGCUCGAGUGUUGUACUUGAUAGAAAAGUACGGGCACAGGUGGCAUCAACGCUGCAUGCGGCACCAAGGCGUUCAGCCGUUGAAGCUGUCCGACGGUGCCUGGUUGAAGGAAGUACUCUUCAAUCCCAGUUCUCGUUUGGCGCGGCAAGUCGCUUGUAACAUGAUAGAGAGCCUGUGCCAAGGCACAGAGAGGAAGAAGGAAGUUCUAGUUUUGCUGACAUGUUACCUGGAGGAGCUGCGUGCCGCGGGCGAGAGUAGCACUGAGUUCCUAACGUUGUAUCAGAGCUUAAUUAGACAAUCACCUUGGAAGCAGUUCUUGGCGGUGCGCGGUGUCAUGACUUUGUUGGCGGAUCUGUUGACCAGGGAAAUAGAGGAGUUACAUCGACUGGAAGAGACCACGUUGACCAGUGAUCUCGCUCAGGGAUAUUCUUUAAAAAUGCUCACGGAACUUUUAGCAACUUUCCUGGAGCAGGAGAACAUCAAGCAGCAGUACAAGGGUCGACUAGUCGGCGCGGUAUUGAAUGGCUAUCUGUCACUCAGAAGACUCGUUGUACAACGUACUAGACUGAUCGAUGAUACGCAAGAGAAAUUAUUGGAGCUUCUGGAGGAGAUGACCACCGGAACCGAAGAGGAGACAAAGGCGUUUAUGGCGAUCUGCGUCGAAACCGUACAGAAGCACAAUCCCCAAGACGUCCGUACUCCGGUCUUCAUAUUUGAAAGAUUAUGUUCGAUCAUCUACCCGGAGGAGAAUGAUAUCGGAGAGUUCUUUUUGACGCUCGAGAAAGAUCCGCAGCAGGAAGAUUUCUUGCAGGGGAGAAUGUUGGGAAAUCCUUAUAGCAGCCUGGAGCCCGGAUUGGGUCCACUUAUGAGAGACGUCAAAAACAAAAUCUGUCAAGAUUGUGAAUUAGUCGCGCUUCUGGAAGAUGAUAACGGCAUGGAACUCCUCGUCAAUAAUAAGAUCAUCAGCCUGGAUCUUCCUGUCAAGGAGGUUUAUAAGAAGAUCUGGGUAUUGGAAGGUGGCGAGUGCGACGCUAUGCGCGUGAUCUAUCGCAUGCGCGGCCUUCUUGGCGAUGCGACCGAAGAAUUUGUCGAAACGUUAAAUGCCAGCAGCGAACAGGAAGUGAAUAACGAGGAAGUUUAUAAGAUGGCAAAUGUGCUGGCAGACUGCGGCGGUCUUCAAGUCAUGUUGGACAGAUUGGCCGCGAUACACGAUGUGAAUCGCGCGAGACCUCUUCUGCAAGUGCUGCUGAAACUGUUUAGAUUAUGCGUGAAGGUGAAGAAGAACCAAGAGGUUUUGAGCAAGCCUGAAUUGGGAGCAGUCACCGUAUUCCUGGACGUUCUUCAGCGUUGCCUCGCCACAGAAUCUGAAAACUCUCAAGCUAAAAUAACUGAACAAUUAUUGGAUAUCAUGGAAACGAUACUGGCAAAUGCCGCUUCGCAGCCGCUCAACGUAUUCGAGGCAUUUUCGCGCACUCUCGGUGGUCCGGAGCAUAUUAAGGCGCUUUUAUCGUGCACUCAAUCCACGGCGGUCAGACAAAGUACCAGCGUGCUUGCUCAUCUUGCGAGAGUUUUGGCAGCAUUGACUUACGGCAACAAAGAGAAAAUGGCACUCUUGUGUGAUUACUUCAAGCCGGUGUUAAACUUCUACAAAUUCGACUUUGAACAUACCCCCGAGGACGAGCAGAAACUAGAGCUCUUCUGUAUACUCACUCAGGGCAUUGAACGAAAUGCAAUUGGCAACACGCUGAAAGAUUAUAUCAUAAGCAUGGGUAUAGUGAAGGAUGCCCUCGAAUAUAUCACCGUGCAUGCACCAUGUGUCAAACCCACGCUCUUACGCACAGACAGCGACGAGCUGAAGGAUUUCAUAUCUAAACCAGCUUUGAAAUAUAUUCUUCGUUUCCUCACAGGUUUAGCCACGGAUCAUGAGCCGACUCAGUUGGCGGUGUCGCAAGUAACUAUUAGCAUCUUCCAUAGACUGGAGCAAGUGUCUUCGAACGAACACGUAGGCUCGCUGGCGGAGAAUCUGCUGGAGGCAUUGUGCACAAACAAGCGAGUAGCCGAGCUGAUCGAGGAAGCUCGCCAACACACGCGCAGCGAGAAGAAGCGCCUAGCUAUGGCGAUGCGAGAGAGGCAACUGGGUGCGCUUGGUAUGCAAACUAACGACAAGGGACAAGUCACCGCUAGCGGAACGAUUCUUCAACAGAUGGAGGACCUGGGAGAUGAAACUGGAUUGAUUUGCGUUAUCUGUCGCGAGGGAUACAAAUUUAAGCCGAACAUGGUGUUGGGUAUCUAUACUUUUACCAAGCGCUGCAACGUUGAAGAAUUCGAGACAAAACAACGAAAGACCGUUGGCUACACAACCGUCACGCACUUCAACGUCGUCCAUGUGGACUGUCACAUGUCCGCGGUGCGCUUGGCGCGCGCUCGAGACGAGUGGGAGAGCGCAGCGCUGCAGAACGCCAACACCAAGUGCAACGGACUGCUGCCGUUGUGGGGCCCGCAGGUCCCGGAGUCUGCUUUCGCCAGUUGUUUAGCCAGGCACAAUACCUACCUGCAGGAGUGUACUAGUCACCGCGAUAUAUCUUACUCGUCGACCAUACACGACUUGAAGUUGCUUCUUUUACGGUUUGCUCAAGAGAAAAGUUUCCACGAGGACACCGGCGGUGGCGGCCCCCAGUCCAAUAUGCACAUAAUACCGUAUUUAAUACACAUGGCUUUGUAUGUCGUUAACUCAACGCGAUCGGCAGCUAGAGAAGACAAAGCUUUGAUGACUUACCUGGAAGUGUCGCCAGGAUCAACGUGGCUCGACAGUUGUUACGAGGCGGAGGGGCCGUUGUAUCAGUGCACACUUUCGCUGCUCUUACUUACGCCGGAUCGAUGGAAAUUGCAUAGAUUUGUAUAUCUCAAUCGACUGCUCGUUCUCGCUCAUCAACGCUACGUGUCUCCUUCGGCCCCUACGAAGACCCUCAUGGAACCAACCGCUAAGGAUUACACAGUUUACAAAAACGUUCUAAUCUUCUUCGGUCUAGUGGAUUGCAUCUAUGCAAACUUCUUCAAGAAAGUAAAUGUUCUGUCCGAGGAUCAGUGGCCUUCGGUUUUAGCUGAAUACAUCAGGCACAACGACGAGGCGAUGUUGAAAGCCUCCGAGCGCGUGCUUGCGACGUACCGCGACGAGUUAUUACCGUGCACAUCAUUCGAGGAGUUUUGCGAUAUUAUUGGUAUAUUGGAAUAUAUAAGAAAUCCUACCACGUAUAUCAACGAUGUCCUGCGACGCCUUGCUUGAAGAUACUGGAAGUUCUCUUUACGUAGCUUAUUGCAUUGUUGUUACCGGCGAAUCAGUUUUCCUUUUUGUUCUUUCGCCCAAACGAUAUAGUCAUUUUCAAGACUUUUAUAUCGGAAAGAGUUUCGUGUUAUAUACUACAGAUUGAUUAAACGUGAUAUAUAUUAUUCCAGUUUUUCGUGAUGAAACCAUUUAGGUGUGAAAAUUACUUUAUGUGAUAAGAUAAUUAAUAUUAAUUACUCAUGUUGCAUAAAUCUUUACUUGUAGACAAAUAUGUACCUAAAUGGAAAAAAAUUUGUGCUUUAAUAAAUUGCGACUAAAUAAA